AUGUUGUUGAUUUUAGAAUCCGUUCCCGAAAGUGAAGUAGGAAACCCGGAGACGAUGGGAGUGUCUGAAGAGAUGACCCCGAACGCCGGCUCCGAGCCGAGAGCCGCCUCCCAGGUGGCGGAGCACAGCGACCAAAGCGACCCGGAACCGGACGAAUUCGCACCGAAAAGAAAACAGAGGCGAUACCGGACCACCUUUACCAGCUAUCAGCUCGAAGAGCUGGAAAAAGCCUUUUCCAGGACGCACUAUCCCGACGUGUUCACCAGGGAGGAAUUGGCAAUGAAAAUCGGAUUGACAGAGGCAAGAAUACAGGUUUGGUUCCAAAACAGAAGAGCGAAAUGGCGAAAACAAGAGAAAGUCGGUCCAGCUGGCCACCCGUACAAUCCGUACCUGAACCCGGGCGGGGGCGGCGGCGGGCCCGCUCCCUCCGUCGUGCCGUCCACGCUACCGAACCCGUUCAACCUGCCCUUCGGACUGCGCAAACCGUUCGACUCGCUGCCGUUCCGCUAUCCGCCGCACGUCAUCCCCGGCUACCUGCCGUCGCCGCCGUCCCCGUACCACAGAGGAGGCCCGCCCCUGCUGCCGCCUCACUCCGCCUCCAUCGGCCUCUAUCCCUCCGCCAGCAGCUUCCAGACGUUGCUGGCCAACAUUUCGGCCGCGCAGAGGGGACCACCGCACUUGCAGGCCAAGCAGGAGAUGACCGCCUCGCCGCCCCUCUCGCCGCCUCUCACCGCCGGCGGCGGAGGCGGAUCCACGCCCCCGCAGGAAGUCGACCGCAGGAGCAACAGCAUCGCAUCGCUCAGGCUCAAGGCGAGAGAACACGAACUCAGACUCGAAAUGCUACGACAAAACGGUGAUCUGAUUAGUUAAAAGAUCUUCAUCUUAUUAUUUUUUUAAAUACCUACCCACUACAGUUGCAUCCCAACGUAUGUACAUAUUAUCCCAAAUUGGGAAUACAGCUUGUACAAUUUUUUACGUAGAAAGGUAAUGUUAUACCCAACUCCGAAACUAUUUACUGUAAGCCUUACAGUGUGAGGUAUUUUUUAAAUUUGUUUUGACAGUAAAAAAUUACUUUGUGCAAUUGUGAGUUUAUUUUUACUGUGAUGCAAUUUAAUUUCAACCAUUUCCACUUUUUAUAAUAAGUUUGUUAUAUUUCUUUGUAAAUAAUUUAAAUACCUACCAGCUAAGAUUAUUUGUAAUUAGUACCAAGGUAUUACAUUAAUUAGGAAUUAUUGCAAUAUUUAUUAAUAAACAAUAAUUGUGAACCGUAACGAAUCCGUCCUAUUGUGUA